AUGAUUAUGGACGUCGACGAUGCUGCUGCAGCGGCUCACGGGAAAACGUCCAGGACCUGUGGAUUGAUGGAAGUCGGGUCGGGUCAGGUGACGUCACUCGGAAACGUCGAAUUUCAGAUCCGUGAUUUCGAGUAUAGUCCCGAGGCACAAGAGAGUCGUAAACAAGAGUUAGAAAAGUUGGUUCAGGAUCAGGAAAGCUUGAGAAGCUCUCUUCUGCAAUGGUGCUACACUAGUUAUGGAGAGGUUUUCAGCUCAUGGAUGCAUUUUUGUGCAGUGCGGAUAUUUGCAGAGAGCAUACUGAGAUACGGAUUGCCACCAUCUUUCUUGUCAUGUGUCUUAGCCCCGUCGAGCAAGGGCGAGAAGAAAGUGCGUUCGAUUAUUGAAGGCUUGUCUGAUUCUGCAAACAGCAAAUACUGGAAACCGGAGGAGGAAGGAGGAGGAAUGGGUGGGUUAGGAGGAGGUGAUGCGGAUGCUCAUCCCUAUGUAUCAUUCACCAUCAAUCUUUCUUAAUAUUAAAAAUGCUUCAAGCCUAAAUCAAUCAUUCAUCAUAUGCUGAUGAUGUUGAUGGGCUUUUGGUCUCUCUCAUGUUGUGUUUCCAUAUAUAAUUUUUUUUUUUUGCAUUUU